UAUGCCACACCAUGCAGCAGUUCACGCUAGCACAUCAAAAUGUUUGGUUAUCCAAUUGGUUCUCUCGUCGGCCUCGCUUUUUGUUCCAUUCUCUGCCUGAAUGGAGUUGAAGCGAAUCAUCUGAGGUUCCCAGGACCCGCGCGGGGUAGAUCCCUGCCCCUGAUCCUGCAGAGGCAGGAGCUGGCACCGUAUCCUCCAGCUGGACUGGUGCCGGAUCCGCCAUUCGAGCUGCCCACGGAGGAGGCGGUGGAAUUCCCUCAACCUGAUGAAACUUAUGGACCUCCAGCGGAAACUUACGGACCGCCUGCGGUGGUGGAAGAGCCAGCCGAGGUUUACGGACCACCGGAUCAGACAUACGGUCCUCCCGAUCAGACAUACGGUCCUCCCGAUCAGACAUACGGUCCUCCCGAUCAGACCUACGGACCCCCAGAUCAGCCAGCCAAUGAUGAUAGCUCGAACUCCUUGCCACAAAGUGCAGCUAUUAUAAAUUUGGCCAGUCUGCCGCUGCCACCACAAGCCCAGUAUGUUCUACCGCUCCUGAACCGUCUGUCUGCAUUCCGGCCGCUGCGUCCAGUUCUACAAACUCCGCAGCGUCGCCCUGCCAAGCUCACGGCUCGUCCACGUCCCACUCCCGCCAAGAUUGUGAAUGCGAUCAAAGGAACUCCCGUGUUUCAAUCGACUCCGCUGGCUUUGCCCUUCGUGGAUCGCCGCAUUCCCUUCCGCCCGCAGCCAUCUCGCCUGAUAGUGAAUGCACCAUUGAGACGCCCGUCCAGGCACUAGAGCACACCAUUCACCAUUCUGACCCAGAGCAGAGUGCACCAAUGUUAUACAUACGUUGUAAAUAAAGUUUGUUGUUUAUGUCUAA